AUGCCGGAGCCAUUGAUGGAGAGGGUGAUGGCAGUGUAUAGGGAGACAGACAAAAACGACGAUGGUUUCUUGGACAGAGACGAACUGGCAUCAAUGCUCGAUGCGGUUGGCAUGCCAAAGGAGCGUGCAGGGGCGCUCUUUGAUGCAGCAGACGUUGACAAGAGUGGGACAGUGGACUUUGAGGAGUUCUGUGGCUGGCUUUUUUCUGAUGUGAAGAAAGCAAUGGAAGUCUGCGUGAAGCAAGGUGAGAUUGUGAACAAACAUUUGAAGGUGGAGAUGAAUGUGGGUGAUGUUUUGUGCUAUGGCCUGGAUGAAAAACUGGUCAGAAGCAGCUUCACCUAUGAGAUCAACGUGAUGCCGGAUGAUGAGACGGUAAGACAUUUAGAAUCUCGAGCAAAGAUUUAUGCCGAGGAAAAGAAGAAGCAACAGGUGGAUUCGUUGGAGAAAGCUGUCGUUGACGCAAAGUCUAAGAUGGAGGCCGCAAAGGCAAAGGCUGCAAAGGCAAAGCCCAAAGAUGCAAAUCCCAAAGGCAAAGACGGCAAAGAUGAAGAGCUCUCCGCCGAGGAACAGGCUGUUGUUGAGGCAGAAAGGACGGUGAGUGCUGCAGAAAAGGCCAAAGCUCGAGUGGAAGAAGCACCACCAGAUGUCCAGCCAGUGCCACUUUUGGAGAAGGUUUUUGAUGACUUAGUUGCUGCAGAAGAUGUGUCUUCAGGCUCUUCGGGUGUGCACGUGCUCAAGUGGAAAGCCAAAGAGGAAGGAACAGCAACUUUGAAGCUCUUGCAGCAUUACAAGGUCGUUGAAGGGCCUGAUGAGACCGAAGUGGACAAGGUGGAGGAAUUUGACUUCAGUGUGACUGUGGUGCCUUCAAAGUCUGGCGCGUCGAAAGCUGACUGGUAUGCCUGGAGCUGGUAUGAUGUUAAAUGGGUGAAAGCCCCGGCCAACAAGGCAGACAAGUUUGCGAAAAAGAUGGGCAAAGCAGCUCUGGAGCUGCAAUGGGUGCCUCCAGUCUUUGGACCAAAGAAAGAGAAGCUGUCCCUAGUUUGCAAAGCCGUGUGCCGUUUGCAACAAGGAGGGUCCAGCGUUGGUUUCACUUUCUGUCUCACCCUGCCAAGCAGGCUCAGACUGAGGGUGCGAAGUGCAGAUGUGACGCAGUGUGGUAUGGUGACACGAUUGCCUAUGGCUGCAAGACCUGCGGUCUAUCAUCCGCCAGCUGCAUUUGCGUGUUUUGCUUUGACGCGGGGGAUCAUGAAGGACAUGAUUUCUACAUCUCACGUUCUGAUUAUGGCUGUUGUGACUGUGGUGACGCUGCAGCCUGAGCUUUCAGCCUUUGUGCGUCAAGCAACAGUCAAGAAAUCCACAAAAAUCUUGAUGCGCUUUGACCAGAUUUGGCAGAAACAAAUGCCGUCGAAAGGAUUUGCGAAUAUUUGCGAUCUCAUGAUGUCAUCCUGUGAUGUCAAUCUUGUGAAGGCAUAUGCUUGGCGUCAAAGUGGUUUUUGCCGGCAUCAUCCUGGACCACGAGCUGAAAUCGCAGGGGACCGAGAUGUCAGAGACACGGACCCAGCCCAGCUGCUUCCGGAAGCCACGCGACGACGGGCCCAACUGCUGCUCCCUGCUCAAGUUCGUAGGCUGGUGAAAUUUCAUCCAAGUGUGCUGCCGGGAAUUGCUCCGCCACCAAAGCCUUUCAACCCGUGCGCAGAACAAAUCCAUCGACAACCAGUUGAAAUGAGCAGCACAGGUGGAUAUCCAGUGGGAACCUCUGGUCCAAGCAGCGAGGCCAAUGCAGAAAGUGCAGAUGGUGUAGAGAACGUCUUGAUCACUGGUAUCAGCCUGCGGGUGACAGAGGACCUGGUUGAACUGUACCCAUAG